CCCGGCGACAUUGGGAUGCCCCGAAUGACGUCACGAACCCCGCAGACUCAAACUCCCGGCAGCCAGCGCGCGGCCCCGCUAUGCACUUCCUGUCCAUUACGUCAUCUCUGUGCGCCGCGCGCGGGCAGUGCCGCCGCCAUGGUGCAGCUCGGGAGCCGCCUCCUGAGGGGCUACCGCGGCGGCCACGUCGUCAUCCGCUUCGCGCUCGGGGGCUGCACCAACCGGCCGUUCUUCCGCAUCGUGGCGGCCAACAGCCGGCGCGCCCGCGACGGGAAAUACCUGGAGCAGCUCGGCUGCCUUGACCCGCUGCCCAACGCGCACGGCGAGAAGGUGGCGGGGCUCAACCUGGAGCGGCUGCGGUACUGGCUGGGCUGCGGCGCGCAGCUGUCCCGGCCCGCCGAGAAGCUCCUGGGGCUGGCGGGGUUCCUGCCGCUCCACCCCAUGACGGUGACCGGCGCCGAGAGGCUGCGCCGGCGACGACAGCGCGAGCAGCAGCCCGAGGCUGCCCCUGCGGACGGCUCGGCCGAGCCCGGCACCGCGCCCUGACACCGGGAGGGUCUCGGGCGGCCGGGACUGCUCUGGGACUGCACCGGGAUCGCACCGGGAUCGCACCGGCCCGCGGACUCCUCCUGCCCUGUCAGUGCAUCUGACCCCAUUAAAAUGUUACCUCUACACCGUC